AUGGCAGCUCACAUCAGCCAGAGCCGACUCAAGGCCAAGGGCGUGGGCCGGUACAACAAUGCCCAGAGCUACAGCAACCAGAUCUUCGAGGAGCUGCGAGCAGUCUGCCUGAGGAAGGGGGAGCUGUUCGAGGACUCCUUAUUCCCUGCUGAGCACAGUUCGCUGGGCUUCAAGGACCUGGGCCCCGACUCCAAAAAUGCGCAGAACAUCCGCUGGCAGCGGCCCACACAAAUUACGAGCAAUCCUCAGUUCAUCGUGGACGGGGUCGGUCCCACAGACAUCUGCCAGGGGGUGCUCGGUGAGUGGGCAGCAGGAAAGCGGGUCUCCACUGCGGGGGGGGUGGGGGGCGGCGGGGAGCUGGGGAAGAGGGCUGAGAAAAAGGAGGGCGCUCACCCCCAGAGCCUGCCUCUUCUGCCCUGUUUCUCCCUACUCGCUUCCUCCCUCCACAUUCCUUCCUGGGAGGGCCGGCAGGAAGGUACAUCUCUGUUGGGGAGCGGGCCUCAGAGCCGCUUCCUGCUCCUCCAGGGCUUGCUGCUCCUCUGGGACCCUCAUGGGGGGUGCUCAAGGGGGCAGCCCCUGCCUGUCUUUCCAGGGGACUGCUGGCUGCUGGCUGCCAUCGGCUCCCUUACCACAUACCCCAAACUGCUGAACCGCGUGGUACCCAAGGGGCAGAGCUUCAAGAAAAACUAUGCUGGCAUCUUCCAUUUUCAGAUUUGGCAAUUUGGGCAGUGGGUGGACGUGGUGGUGGAUGACCGGCUGCCCACAAAGUACGGCAAGCUGGUGUUCGUGCACUCACCCGAGCGCACUGAGUUCUGGAGUGCCCUGCUGGAGAAGGCAUAUGCCAAGUUGAACGGGUCCUAUGAAGCACUUUCAGGGGGCAACACGGUGGAGGGCUUUGAGGACUUCACAGGGGGUGUGACCCAGAGCCUCCAACUCCAGAGGCCCCCUCAGAACCUGCUGAGGAUGCUUAGGAAGGCCAUAGAGCGAUCCUCCCUCUUGGGCUGCUCUAUCGAGAUCACCAGCAACAGCGACUUGGAAUCCUUGACCCAGAAGAUGCUGGUGAGAGGACAUGCUUACUCAGUGACUGGCCUUCAGGACGUCUUGUACCAAGGCAAGAUGGAAACAUUGAUUCGGGUCCGGAAUCCCUGGGGCCGGAUUGAGUGGAAUGGAGCCUGGAGUGACAAUGCCAGGGAGUGGGAAGAGGUGGACCUAGACAUCCAGAAGCAGCUGCUACACAAGAAGGAGGAUGGGGAGUUCUGGAUGUCCUACCAAGAUUUCCUGAACAACUUCACACUCCUGGAGAUCUGCAACCUGAUGCCUGACACGCUCUCUGAGGACUGCAAGAGCAGUUGGCACGCCACCUUCUACGAGGGCAGCUGGCGGAGGGGCAGCACCGCGGGGGGCUGCAGGAACUACCUCGACACAUUCUGGACCAACCCCCAGUUUAAGAUCUCUCUCCCUGAGGAGGACGACGACCCAGAGAACAAUGAAGUCGUUUGCACCUGCCUGGUGGCCCUGAUGCAGAAGAACUGGAGGCAGGCACGGCCCCAGGGAGCCCAGCUGCAAACCAUUGGCUUUGUCAUCUACACGGUCCCAAAGGAGUUUCAGAACAUCCAGGAUAUCCACUUGAAGAAGGACUUCUUCAUGAAGUAUCAGGACCACGGCUUCUCAGAGAUCUUCUCCAACGCACGGGAGGUGAGCAGCCAUCUCCGGCUGCCUCCAGGGGACUAUAUCAUCAUUCCUUCCACCUUUGAGCCGCACAAGGAUGCUGACUUCUUGCUUCGGGUCUUCACAGAGAAGCAUAGCGAGUCCUGGGAACUGGAUGAAGCCAACUAUGCUGAGAUGCUCCAAGAGGAAAACAUCUCUGAGGACAAAGUAAACCAGGACUUCACACGUCUGUUUGAGACAGUGGCUGGAGGAGAGGGCAAGGAGAUAGGCAUGUACGGGCUACAAAAGCUGCUCAACAAAGUGGUCUCCAAAUUCACACACUUCAAGACCCAGGGCUUCGGCCUGGACGUGUGCCGCUGUAUGGUCAACCUCAUGGAUAAAGAUGACUCUGGCAAGCUGGGGUUUCUGGAGUUCCAGAUCCUGUGGAAAAAAAUCAAGAAAUGGACGGACAUCUUCCGUGAGUGUGACGAGGACAAUUCAGGCGCCUUGAACUCCUAUGAGAUGCGCUUGGCCAUUGAGAAAGCAGGCAUCAAGCUAAAUAACAAGGUGAUGCAGGUGCUGGUGGCCAGGUAUGCAAAUGAGAACAUGAUGGUGGAUUUUGACAGCUUCAUCUACUGUUUCCUGAAGCUGAAGGCCAUGUUCAGGUACUUUCUAACCAUGGACCCCAGAAAUACUGGUUAUAUUCACUUGAACCUGAAUGAGUGGCUGCAGAUAACCAUGUGGGGAUAGAGGAGCCGCAGGAGCCUGGUUCCCCACGGCCACCACCGGCCCGCAGAGGGUCUGGCCCGGGGGCGGGUACUCCUUGCUGCCUUCAGCUCUGCCAUGUCUGCUGGUGGAAUGGGCUCCAGGUAGUGGCACCUGGGCCCGGACGCCAUGCCUACCCUAGUAAUGAGACCUCUACGCCCACCUCCUCAGCUCAAAGUGUUUCUUUUCCCAGCCAGGCUUCUGGUGGCUGGACUUACCCUACAAUCUCUCUCCCGCUCUGAGUAUAUUUUCCUAAAGAUUAAGUGACCCUUUCCCAGUGUUCCCUGACUGGGAGGCUCUCCAUGCUUCCUGUCCUGCUCACACCUGCCUGCUGACCACCCCUCCUGGCCCGGACUCUCUCUUUCCUCCCUCACUCGGGGGCAUUAUUAUAAUAAACAGCCCAUGCCACUGG